AUGCGUGCUUCUGAGCUUGCUUUCCCGGCGCUGUUGUUCCAGACUUUGGCCGUUGCGCUGCUUUUUCUCCCUUUGGAUGAUGCUGAAGUUGCAGAAGGUCUUCAUCUUCACGACCACUUGGCUUGCGACGCCCUGUCCGCUUCCUACAGUGCCACAGGGAGUAAACUGGCCGACAUGUUUAGGCAGUACAGCCCGAGUCUGGCAACAGUGCAGCAUGAUCUAGUCAAAUGCUUGUGGCUCAAGACAAAUAGCAGAGGCACCGCUUCAUGGCAGGUGCUCGGGAGCGCUAUCAGGCAGGCUCAAGCCCUGGGCUUGCACCUUCAACGAAACCUUCAAAAUCAGCCCAGCUUGACUGCAGAUGAUGCCGUCGCCUCGGUGUGGUGGGAUGAGUAUCGACGACGCCUCUGGAUUACGCUCUUCACCUGGGACAGUCACAUGGCAUGUAUUCUAUCUCGCCCGCGAGCGAUCAACUUGAGCGAUUGCACAGCCGAACCCCCGGCAGGAUGCGACAUUCCCCGUGACCGCUUAACAAGCCUGCCUCGUCCGAUAUCGUUCUCAGAGAAGCCGCCCAUGUUUGCCAACAGGCUCUUCAGCUACACCCUUGGCCGGAAAGUUCACGAAAUUCUCACGACAUCCGCCAACAAGCGCACUGUUCCAAGCUAUAGCGCUGUGAGUAAGUUUCACGGCGAGAUAAUGUCGUUAUGGGAUAACCACCAUCCGGCUCUGCGCCGCAAAAACCCUGACACAUCAUGGGACGCCACCACACCUUUGAUCAUACAGCAACGGGAGUACGCCAGAGUCCUCGCGACCUCGGUGUUGUUGACUUUGCACAGGGAUCACGCCCCCUUGCACGAGGAGAGCCUGAAGAUCGCGACGCGAGCUGCGUUGGCCUUAUUGGAGGCUGUGGGGAAGCUUCUAGCUCUGCUUCCAGCGCAUCAGCAACGCGUGUAUGGGUUCUCAUGCCACUGUAUCGACUCGUGCUUGUUCAUCGCAUACGCAGUCGUGUUUCUGGACAAGAUGGACCGCGACACGGCUGAGAAGGCGCUUUUGGCUACCAGAGAGUCCGCUCUCAGGUUGGACAAACUGGCUGAUCGGUCCCCGCUUGCCAGGACGGGGUUUGCUGCACUGAGAAAAGCUGAAGCUGUGAUGAGUGAACAUUUGGGUUUGGAUGCGGUCCAGCAGAGCGCUGCCGGUGACGUCCCGUUCGCGGUCCCUUCAGAGGAGUUGGAAAAGAGAGUUUUGGAUUUUUCUGGCCCUCUGUUCGAUAUAGACUCGAACGGUCUCAAUAGCCGGUUUCAACCGGAGUUUUAUGAGAUAGAAGCGGAUGGGCUUUUUGAACUGUAA